UCGUCCUAAAGCACUUCCUUCUUACAUGCGAAGUGGACCCGAGGAUGAGGGCCAAGGAGAACAUUAUCCUGUACUGGAAAAUGCUCAACUCACUGGAAGUGAUCAAGAGGGAAUAUGCCGCCCUCAGGAAGUCUGCCAAGCUGCCUCCUGAUCAUCCAACUCGAGUCCAAAACCGGAGGCAGCAACUUGAGUAUCUGCGGCUGGAGAAUACCAUCAACCAACAUCUUAACCAGCUGCACAACGAGUUUGUGAGAGAGCAGAAGCUACAGGAAGCUGCUGGUAAGAAACAAAGUCCUGCAGCUGAAGAAGAGGAGGAGGAUGGAGCCCCUGCAGCAGCAGCAGCAGAAGAGGAAGCCCUUGCCUCAGAAGAGAAUGAAGAGGAAGCAGAAGGAGCUCCAGCAGAAGACCAUCAAGCCCCUGCAGUGGAGGAGAAGAUGAUGGAGGAGCAAGAUCCUGCAGAGGAAGACCAGGAAGAAGACGCUCCUGGAGCAGAAGAAGAGGAAGCUCCAACAAAUGAAGAAGAAAAAGAAGAGGAAAGCGCUCCCGCUGAAGAACAGCAACAUUUCACUCAAAGACUCACCUGCUGCUGCCGACCCAACACCAUGGCCUAA